GCCCAAAAGGGCCCAUUAGAAAGCGUACAGGGUAAACGUGGGCCUAGGCCCUAGACCCAUUUAGUUCUAUAUCAAAGAUGAUAAGCACCGUCUCUCUCGGCGUCUCGUAUAAAAAAAUCUCAUUUGCUUUCUACAAAAACACUCCCAAAAAUCUCUCCCUUGAAUCUCUUCUACACACUACAAAUCCAACAACUGAAACUAACUCAGAGCAAAAGCUUGAUUUGAUUUUGAUACGAUGGCGAGCAUUAGCAACGAGCCAGAGCGUGAGCACAGAGACGAAGAAGAGACUGGAGCCAACGAAGAUGAAGACACCGGUGCUCAGGUUGCUCCAAUCGUCAGGCUUGAAGAAGUCGCCGUCACCACCGGUGAAGAAGACGAAGACACCAUCCUCGAUCUGAAAUCGAAGUUGUAUCGAUUCGAUAAAGAUGGAAGUCAGUGGAAGGAGAGAGGUGCUGGUACUGUUAAGUUCUUAAAACAUAGAGUUUCUGGGAAGAUUCGUCUUGUUAUGAGGCAAUCGAAAACUUUGAAGAUCUGUGCUAAUCAUCUUGUUGGAUCGGGUAUGAGUGUUCAGGAACAUGCUGGGAAUGAUAAGUCUUGUGUUUGGCACGCUCGUGAUUUCUCCGAUGGAGAAUUGAAAGAUGAGCUAUUCUGUAUCCGUUUUGCUUCAGUUGAGAACUGCAAAGCUUUUAUGCAAAAGUUCAAAGAAGUAGCUGAAUCUGAAGAAGAGAAAGAAGAGAGCAAAGACGCCUCUGAUACCGCUAGUCUUCUUGAGAAGUUAACAGUGGAAGAGAAGAAAACCGAGGAGAAACCAGCGGAGAAAGCAGAGGAAAAGGAGGAAAACAAGAAGAGUGAAGCUGUUGACGAAAAGAAAACAGAGGAGUCUGUUACCUCAACUUAAGAUGCAUGCAUGGAUACACACACAUACGGCCAGGUAAUCGAUAGCAUGAUGAUGUGUUUUAAAUCCAUCGAAGGAAGACUUGGCUUUUAUUUUAAAUUGAUACAUGUUUUGAGUCGUGUUUAGAGUCUAUAUGUUAGUGUCACAAAAGUGUCACAGGUGACAUUUGCAUAUUGCGAGAUUGAUUUUCGGGGUUGUUUGGGUUUUUUCAUUAUCUGGAAAAAGAGUAUAUUUUGAGUUAUCUUAUGAUUUUGUUGAAAACAGUGUGGAGUCAAGAGGUGGUUCCAUUUUGAUUUUACAAAAAUUUGUAUGCAGAGUGGAUGAUUCGUGUGUUUUUUUUUAUUUCAAAACAAGUCGUCUUACUUUGCAUCA